AUGUCUCCGGAAUACUCAGCUGCCUACCUGGCAGAGGACCGCAGGCAGCCAGCGAUGAUCGGAAUUGAUGUAGUCACGGCGCUUUCGUUCAUAAUUGUCAUGAUUCGCCUUUAUGCUCGCAGAGUUUUGAUUCGUGAGCUUGGUUGGGAUGAUCUUUUUAUUUCGCUUGCGCAGCUGACUAACUGGGCUACUAUGGGACUUUGUAUGAUGAUACUUCGGUACGGCUCCGGUCGACAUCUUGCAGCCCUCGUCAGUACCCCUGAGACGCUUGCGAACAUUUACAAGUGGUUUGUUACAACCCAGAUGGUCUACAUGUUCAACCUGUGGCUUUGA